GUCUUAUUCAAGAAAGUAUGUUACUGAAGCAAAAGAUUCACAGUUCAAACUCAUCAUAGUCAAGCCUAUCCAUCCCACCUUCGCAGCAGCAACCAGCGGUGUUGACUCUUCAAAGCCACUGUCCAAUGAGUGACCGAGUAAUCCAUAAUAGCCCAUCACACUGUAGAUAAUUCCCCAAUUCUCAUCUAUUUGCCCUAAUGUACGACGUAGUUGUCUUCGGAGCCACUUCUCUCACCGACAAAAGCUAUAUCGCAUCUACCUAACGCUUCGGUGAACCCGACUACAUCGCUCCAUACAUUGCCCCCUGCAGCAAGCAUCGAUUGAAGUAAGACCUCGAGGACAAGCGAAUAAGGUACACCUCCAUGAACUCACUUCUCCAGCAAAUUUUACACACGCUCUUUAUACAGGGAAAUGAGCUCUUCCAUGUAGAUUCCAGUUUCAACCCUCGCCGCGCCGGAUACCGCAUGCUUCUAGCCAACAAACUCCCUUCGGUGGGCUACGGCGGACAGCAUAGGCGAGCUGGCUGGGGCUUUGAAGCAGGCGCUGUGAGAACAGAACUACAUAGCGGCGCACUCGAUGCAUCAUUCACGCAAGCUCACCACACCGGUGUACUUCGCUGACCUGUAGCCGACAGACUAUCAGCUGAUGGGAGCGGUAUCUGCUGUUACAGGUGCACG